AUGUUUCACUGGGGCUUUUCUCAGCAGUUUGAGUGCUUCUCAGAUAAAGCCACUGACCCCAGCGCUGAAGAAAACUGGGAGUGUAUCCGGCAGUUCUGUGCCGAGGUGAAUGCAGACCCGGAAGGCCCGUCCCUUGCCCCCCGGCUGCUAGCGCACAAGAUACAGUCGCCUCAGGAGAUGGAAGCUCUUCACGCCUUAACAGUGCUGGAGACAUGUGUGAAUAACUGUGGGGAAAGGUUUCACAGCGAAGUGGCAAAAUUCAGAUUUCUGAACGAGCUGAUCAAAGUGCUGUCUCCAAAGUACUUUGGAACCUGGUCUGCAGAAAAAGUCAAAUCAAGAAUCAUAGAAAUAAUGUUCAGUUGGACUGUUUGGUUUCCUCAGGAAGUUAAAAUCCGGGACGCUUAUCAGAUGCUGAAGAAACAAGGAAUCAUAAAACAAGACCCCAAACUCCUGGAAGACAAAAUUUUACCCCCUCCUUCUCCGAGACCUGGGGAUUCUAUUUUUGAUAUUGAUGAAGAGAAAUCCAAGCGGGGGGGGAGGUUCUUGGCUAACUCAGGGAUUUCACCCCGUUGGCCUUUGGUUUCUGUUGUCUCAAAGGAGCAAGAGAAAUCGGCCCAGGUGUCCAAGAGACUGGAUGCCAUUGGGGAGGUUCACAGCAACGUUAAGCUUCUGGAUGAAAUGCUGAGCAGCUACCGGAGGCAGGAGUUACCCACGUCUGACCUCCGCAGCGGGGGGGGAGACGAGCUUGUUUCUCCUCUUUCUGCAGCAGAGAUUCUCCAGGCCAAUGACAAACUCACCCAGGCGCUCGGCUCGUACCGGCAGCUUGUGGGAGGCCACGCCCAGGGCCGGAGUUCGGCCACCAGCUCCACCGAUGCCUCAGCCCCUCGGUCCCCGCCGGGUGCUACAAAAUGCUACACGCUGAUCGACUUCUCCGAGCUGGAUUCCAGGCCGGCGUCUCCCCCGGCGCGGAGCGGGAAUGCGCCAGCCACCGCCCAGCGCAGCAGCACCUCUUCCUGCCUGCUGGACAAGGAGCUGAUGGCCCUAGGGCUCAGCGAUUCCCCCGUUGGACAGAGGCCGGCACCUGAUUUCGGCUCCAUGCAGGGGGAGAGGCCUCUGCCGGCAGCGCAGGAGCUCAGCACCUCCUGGGCGUUGGAGGGAUCUGCACACGCAGAGCCGCCAGCGGGGCAGGGUCGGGAGGAGGCAGCGCUCGGUGUCUCAGCCCUGGUCUGUGUGCGGCUGGGGUGGGCCUCGCCGGCGCCUGGCCCGUCAUGGCCCCGUGCCAGCAGUGUCCGCAGGGCCCCCGGGGUUCUCUCUGUUUGGCAGGGUGCUGGGCACAGCGGCUGUCCUCCACCCGGCGUGCUGGGGGAGCACUGGCAGGGAGGCGCGCCGCCCCGGAACGUGCUUCAGGAUUGGGCAGGGCAGCUGCCUCCAUCUCCGGUGACCGGGCCAUACUUGUCACCAGUGCAGCUGUCCCCGGCAGGCCUUCCGAGCAGCUUAGCUGCAGGAGCUUUGCUCCCUGACCCAGCCUGCGAGCUGAAACCUGCCGCUCCGUCGCAGCCAGCCUCCCAUGCUGCUGCUCUGGCCGACCUUUUCGUCCCGCUCACUUCAGUGACACCGAGCACCGUCCCGCCAGUCACCGUGUAUGAUCAAAACGGACUCAAGGCCAUGCUCCAUUUCUCCAGAGACCCAGCCCCCGGGCGACCAGACGUGCUGGUGCUGGUGCUCUCCGUGCUGAGCACUUCUGCUCUGCCCGUGAAGGACGUUGUGUUCCAGGCCGCCGUCCCAAAGGCUAUGAGCAUAAAGCUGCAGCCGGCGUCUGGUUCUGAGCUUCCUGCCUUCAGCCCGUUGCUCCCUCCAGCCGUGAUAUCCCAGGUCCUGCUGCUCGCCAACCCACACAGACACCCCGUCCGACUGCGGCACAAGCUGACGUUCACGCAGGGCGGGCGGCCCUUCUGCGAGGUGGGGGAGGUGACUGGCUUCCCGGAGGCCGAGCUGUGGGGCAGGAGAUGAACUGCUGGCUUGACGGAACGUGGACCUGCCGCAUCGCCUUAGCCCAGCCGUGUGGGGAGGGGCAGUGGGAGCCUCGCUGCUCCUUCAGCAGGGGACGGAGGAGGCGCCCAGCACCCGGAAAGCCGGGGGGACUCCAUGCUGGCCGCUGUGCUCGGGGCCCGCUCUCCUGCUCCUGCUCCGGCUUUCCUUGCCGGGAACUGGCCGGAGGGAGUGCAAAGCCGCUGCCUUCCUGCAGAGCUCAGCCGCCGUGCGGGAGGCAGGGUCGCCUCUCGGUGCCUGGCUGCUCCUCUCCUACCAGCAUUUCUGCUUUCGGAGCCAUUUCUCCUGCUCGCCUCUUGGAAACAAACCCUGUGCUCGGGCCGCUAGCGCCCAGCCGGAGCAGCUCUGGGUGCGGGGGUCGCCUUUCGGCAACGUCCAGGACCAGCGCUCUGCUCUCGCAGGGAGGGCGUGGUGUGAGCCCCGGAAUGGGACAACUGUGGCUUGAAACAGGGCCGGCUCCAUUAGCCAAACCUGCCGGGCAUUGCCCCGGCCUGUGGCCUGCAAGGCCCUGGCUCCUCGGCCCUUCCCGAGAGCCUCAGUGCCUUCUCAGCCUCUCCAUUCCUGCAGGCAGGGCCCCUGCAGCCUGGGAGGCUGCCUGCAAAGCCACGGCCAGGAGGACUCAUUUGGUGCUUUGAGGUAUCAAUUUCCCAGUGCUGGUCAGUGUUACAAUUCAGUGGGGCAUUGGGGCCAUGAGUGGGGGCUGCUCCGGGCUGGGGCAGCUCCAGCCUUCCCGACCGCCCCCCCUCAGUUAACUGGUUAGGCAUCUAACUGGUUAACCAAUUCAGCGGGAUUUUACAGCCCCACUUCCAGAAGACCCAUUAGACAGUUGCACUUUUCAGGCCUUAGGGCUCUGGGCUAGUCAUCCUGCCUCCCAGUCAAGCAGCUGCUUGGCUGCGGAUUCCCGUGGGUCACAAGGGAAUGACUGAUAGGUGACAAAGCCAAGGAGUAUAAAAUGUUCCCAGGAGCACAGUGAUCUGAUUGGCUCCCUCACUUCCCAAACCCGAGUGAUGUCACCAGCUCAGACUUGCCAGCUGGAGACUGAUGGGCAUUGUUGUCUGGGUUUUCACUGAGCAAGGCAGAGCUUCCCAGUGCAGUCACACUGGCCAGGCGGGGGCAAAGGCAUUCACCCGCCUGGCUCGUCUCCCAUGCCUCCCCAUCUCCAGGCUCUGUCGUUUUGUGGGUAGAAAUGCUAGUGGCAUGUCAGGUGAACCCCAACAUCCCAGAGGAGCAGGCCCCCUGGUGUGUCUGGCAGGCCAGGUGGACAGGGAGGCAGUCAUGCGCACCCUGCGCCUGUGCGUUUGCUACACACUUUUCAUGAAAUGGAAACCCUUGCCCAGC